UUCUUACGACUGUCUGGGAGGUGAGAGGUGGGGUGGGUGAGAGUAGGCAGCUCUCUCUCUCUCACACACACACACACUCCCACACUCUAGGAAGAGUCCGUGGGAUGACGUCACAAAUAUUCCAUGCUCUUUUCCGGCGGGUUUAUAUCUCGUCAACGCCUCGGCGUGAAGCUCACUCUUCGCCACCUGCCGGUGACGCCUCCAAGCUGCUCCUGCUGCGGCUGCUCCUCCUCCACCUGCUGCUCACCGCUGCAGGUUCUACAAGCCCUCAUUGCUUCCCGACAGUGCACGAAGGCUGUCGGAGCUUCCCGAAAGUGACCACAAACCAUUAUAGUUUCCAGAAAGUGUCCACAGAUAAUUACAGAUUCCAAAAAGUGCCCGAAGGCCAUCGUUGGUUCCCGAGUGAACCCGAAGGCCCUCAUAAGUUCCAGAACGCACACAAAAGUGUCUCCCAAGUGCCUUCAUAUCCCCUAUCACUCCCAGAGGCCAACCGUGGCUGAGUGAAGUUGAAAUCUCCUCGGGGGGAGGGUAAUAUGGAUCCAGGGUUCGACAACCUCGAGUCGUCUCUCAAGUUCGAAGACUCGCUCUUGGGCCAGUCCGGUACCAUCGACACCCUGUGCCACACGUACCUCGCCAACAUGGACUCCUUUCCCUCCAGCAGUGCCUCCAGCCCCAGAGGCGACUACGGUGCCGAGGGAGGGUAUGGGGCCAGCUACCGGGAUGACCUGAAGACAUUCACAUCUCGAAACGUCAGAGAUUGGGACGGAGAGGAGUGCUUGGAGUGGGCAGAAAGCGUGUGCGAGCAGCUCGGGUUAGAGAGAACCAGCCUGGACUUAUGGUCCUUCAAGACGACUACAGGGUCUAAUCUCCUUCAGCUCUCCCAGGAAAACUUCUCUCAGCUCUUGGGCCCCCGCUUUGGCCAGGUCUUCUAUUCCCAGCUCCGUGCUCUCAGCAACAGGAAAGGAACAGGAAAGACUAAAAGCAGACACCGUCAGCAGGAAGCCGAGGACCCCUCUUCCUCCUCCUCCAUCUUCACCAGCGGUCACGACGUGUCCUCCGUCGUAGGGACUUCCUACGACUACGCCGCCGCGUCCUGCGACCCUACCAGCCCUGCCUACGACCCUGACUCGUGGGAAUUAACCAGUGAGGACUUCAAGGAGCUGGACCGCUACAUUCCCGACGACUCGUGGGACCCCCUGACGGAAAACCUGGAGGGGCUCGAUCUACAGGAACAAUUCAUGCCCAUUAAAUACGAGGAGGAGACAUGGGCGGCAGCGGCAAUGACGCCGACGGCGACUCCGACGGCGACCCCAGAGACAGACGUAUUCCAGAAGAUCCCUACCAACACCAGGAGGAGAGAGCGGGGACCCAAGAGCUGGGAGUUCCUCCUGCGCCUGCUAGAGGACAGAAGAAGCAACCCGGCGCUCAUCCGCUGGGAGGAUGAAGCCAACGGCACCUUUAGAUUAGUACAACCCAACGUCAUCGCGCAGAUGUGGGGCGCGCGAUCAGAAAAGCCUAACCUCUCGUAUUUCAACUUUGCCAGAGGCCUCAGGUACCACUACAGCACCGGUGCUCUGUUACCGGUAUCAGAGAAGCAACUAGUGUACCGAUGUGGACCCAAAGCUAUCAAGUACCGAAGAGAGCUCAAGGAGCGAGGCCUCUACUGACUUUUCUCUCUCCUAGCAAGCUCUCGCUCUACAAAAAAAAGCAAGACUGUUUUCUGGUUCUCAAACUUGAGACGUCAAGUAAUCAGUCCGUGCCUUCAAUUUAGAACUUUUGCUCGGCAUCAGAGGCUCGAUAGAGGUAUAUAUGCGCCAAGAAGUGUCUAUAUACCUUGUUCAGGACUAAAGGAUUCUCGCUGGUUAGUCAGUAGGUUAUUGUGGUGACCGUAAUAGCCCUCUAGAGUAGACUCUAGAGGUUAAUAGGCAUUAAGCCAAACAUUAAACCAAUCAGAGGACAGAAAUAUAUAUUCUGAGUGGUGUACCUUCCUGCUCGGUUGUUAUGAGCUUUGAGCUUACUUUAGUUCUGGACUGUUCUUGCUGGAUGGUCAGAAAGCAUUUGUAGUGGCCUUAAUAACCCUUAAGAGGUUAAUAACAGGCCUUAAUUCCAACACGACACCAAUCAGGAGUACCUGAUACUCUGCAGCAGCUAUAGAACAAACAGGAAAUCAGAAGAUGCUUACAACUAUCGCGAUAAUUGAUAUUUCAGUAGUAUUAGCAUAUGGGAAAACCUGGAAGAUAUCAGAAGCCGAUACAUACCGCCCGAUAAUCUAUAUCAGAAUGAAAACCUCGUCGACUUAAAGCAUUAUCAGAACCAAGAUAGAUAUUUACAUUCAUUCUCAACCAUCAACAUAAAAAAAAAGAUGAUUCCUGGAAUGCCUUAAGCAACCAAACCUUCAUCACCCUCCCAGUCCAAGCAAAUGAGAAGAGAUAUCCAUCCAACCAACAGCCUCGCCUGAGACAACUCUCGGGGAAAUCAGUAGCAUCAUCUUCCACCCAUCAUGAUGGGGUCUCGGAAGAUCAGGCGGCGAGUCUGACAUUCCUUCUGCCCCUCCCACCACCUCCUCCUCAGGCCAGUAAACACACAGUUCCGAGAAGCCAGACAGACAACUUGGAGCUCACUAUCAACUCACACCGGCGCCGUCCGCAGCAAACAACACUCACCAGUGUUUACCUCAUAUCUUAGUGUUUUUAUAACGUGUAUUUCUGUUAUUGAAAGGGACGAUUUACGUAGACGUUACCAAAGACCAGUAGAUGUACCUGAUGAUUGUGAGAGACUAGUGUAGUGCUGUGAUUAUAGGUGCCAUAAUAUGUAUAUAUAUAUAUAUAUAUAUAUAUAUAUAUAUAUAUAUAUAUAUAUAUAUAUAUAUAUAUAUAUAUAUAUGAUGGCUGUUAGAACCGCAUGUCAUAGCUUUUUUAGACCUUUUUUUUUGUUUACUAACUGCAGCUAUUCGAAUGUGUAUGUUUGAUAACCCCAGCCCCCACCAUGUGGCCGGCUGGUGUAUGCCUGAUACUCCAUGUGGCCGGCUGUGUAUGCCUGACACUCCACGUGGCCGGCUGUGUAUGCCUGAUACUCCAUGUGGCCGGCUGUGUAUGCCUGACACUCCACGUGGCCGGCUGUGUAUGCCUGAUACUCCACGUGGCCGGCUGUGUAUGCCUGACACUCCACGUGGCCGGCUGUGUAUGCCUGACACUCCACGUGACCGGCUGUGUAUGCCUGAUACUCCAUGUGGCCGGCUGUGUAUGCCUGACACUCCACGUGGCCGGCUGUGUAUGCCUGACACUCCACGUGGCCGGUUGUGUAUGCCUGACACUCCACGUGGCCGGCUGUGUAUGCCUGACACUCCACGUGGCCGGCUGUGUAUGCCUGAUACUCCACGUGGCCGGCUGUGUAUGCCUGACACUCCACGUGGCCGGCUGUGUAUGCCUGACACUCCACGUGGCCGGCUGUGUAUGCCUGAUACUCCACGUGGCCGGCUGUGUAUGCCUGACACUCCACGUGGCCGGCUGUGUAUGCCUGACACUCCACGUGGCCGGCUGUGUAUGCCUGACACUCCACGUGGCCGGCUGUGUAUGCCUGAUACUCCAUGUGGCCGGCUGUGUAUGCCUGACACUCCACGUGGCCGGCUGUGUAUGCCUGAUACUCCACGUGGCCGGUUGUGUAUGCCUGACACUCCACGUGGCCGGCUGUGUAUGCCUGAUACUCCAUGUGGCCGGCUGUGUAUGCCUGACACUCCACGUGGCCGGCUGUGUAUGCCUGAUACUCCACGUGGCCGGCUGUGUAUGCCUGACACUCCACGUGGCCGGCUGUGUAUGCCUGACACUCCACGUGGCCGGCUGUGUAUGCCUGACACUCCACGUGGCCGGCUAUGUAUGCCUGACACUCCACGCGGCCGGCUGUGUAUGCCUGAUACUUUCUAAGCACAACUGUGUAUGUAUGAAUUCCCCCCGCCCCCCAUCCUGCUGGCCAGCUGGGUCAUGUGUACAGCUAGACAAUUAUUCUCAGUGAAUGUUGCCAAAUGUUUACGUUAGUGCAGUAUCUAUUCCUCCAGUGUGUGUGUGUGUGUGUGUGUGUGUGUGUGUGUGUGUGUGUGUGUGUGUGUGUGUGUGUGUGUGUGUGUGUGUGUGUGUGUGUGUGUAAUUGUGUCUGACGGUGAUAUCUGGCACCUCACAUGAUGACGGUAACAUUCUGUUAGUUUCAAGAAUUUAAUUUAUAUCCUAAUUUAUUUCUCUAGUAUGUUAAUUUAUUAUGCUUAUUUAUUAACAAAAAAAAUUAUGCGCUAUUU